AAAUAGUGGCUUAAAAGAACCUUUUUUAUAUAUUUUCUCCUCAUCUUCAGACAGUGUCACAGUUGAACUUGCAAUUCAUCAGUGAUUUGGGAACUGUGGUUUAUGUGUGAUGGGAGGGCUGGAUUUUGAAGCCAAAAGAGAGAACAGGAAUGCAAUGCUACUUAUUCAUGCUGUCAGCUUCUCAAUGACCUACAGUAUGAUAUGUUAUAACCUUAAGGAGCCUUAAAGAGUUACAUUCAGCAGUCUCUGACAAUUCUGUACCACUGAGCCCGAGAAGUUUCCACAACAAAUCAUCAAGAAGUAAAACCCACCUCGGACUUGGAUGAGAGAUUUUCUGUGGAGACAAAGCCUUGGCAAGUGAUCCAUUCAAAGUGUGAACCCAGUCUGAAUCACAGCAGCUUACCAUUUGGAUGAACCUGUGCCAUGGGUCAGUGCUCUACAGGGCCCCAUGCACUAGACACGCAGCCCAAUAUCCUCUUGGGUUAGUGCAGUCUGCAUGUAGACCUGAGACUGAAAACAUCAGCACAUUUCUUUGGAAUUCUCUGACCUUCAAAAAUUCUGAGCUUUUAGGAUCCGGUUUUCUACUGAGUGGAGUCUUUCCUGAAGGACACUGAACAACUACACUGGGACCAUGGACUACCUCAUUGGGAUUGUACUGCUACUCUCUGGGGUAUUGCUGCCAGCAAAUGUGUAUUCUCAACGGGGGAAAAGCAAUGUACCCAGGCUGAAGUUGUCUUAUAAAGAAAUGUUGGAGUCCAACAACCUAAUUACCUUUAAUGGCCUGGCUAACAGCUCCAGUUAUCACACUUUCCUGUUGGAUGAGGAAAAGGGGAGACUAUUGGUGGGAGCCAAGGACCAUAUAUUUUCCUUUAAUCUUGUCAACAUUAACAAGGACUAUUUAAAGAUUGCAUGGCCUGCUUCUCCCACAAGGAGAGAUGAAUGCAAGUGGGCAGGAAAAGAUAUUUUGAAAGAAUGUUCCAAUUUCAUCAAAGUGCUUCAAACCUUUAACCAAACACAUCUGUAUGUUUGUGGAACUGGGGCCUUUCAUCCUAUUUGUGCCUACCUUGAAGUUGGAAGACGUCCUGAGGAUACUAUCUUCAGACUGGAAACAUCCCAUUUUGAGAAUGGCCGUGGAAAAAGUCCCUAUGACCCAAAGCUGCAGACUGCUUCUCUUUUAAUUGAUGGAGAAUUGUAUUCUGGAACAGCAGCUGAUUUCAUGGGCAGGGAUUUUGCCAUCUUCCGCACUUUAGGACAGCAUCAUCCAAUCAGGACUGAGCAGCAUGAUUCCAGAUGGUUAAAUGAUCCCAGAUUUGUGAGUGUCCACCUGAUUCCAGAGAGUGACAAUCCUGAAGAUGACAAAAUUUACUUGUUCUUCAGAGAAAAUGCAAUGGAUGGAGAGCACACUGGAAAGGCAACACAUGCUAGGAUUGGGCAGCUCUGUAAGAAUGACUUUGGAGGUCACAGAAGCCUUGUUAAUAAAUGGACCACCUUCCUGAAAGCGCGAUUAAUCUGUUCUGUACCAGGUUCCAAUGGCAUUGACACACACUUUGAUGAAUUACAGGAUGUCUUUCUGAUGAGCUCAAAGGAUCCCAAGAAUCCAAUUAUAUAUGCUGUUUUUACAACCUCCAGCAACAUCUUCAAGGGGUCAGCGGUGUGCAUGUACAGCAUGACUGAUGUGCGGAGAGUGUUUUUAGGACCGUAUGCCCACAGAGAAGGUCCCAACUAUCAGUGGGUACCAUUUCAGGGGAGGGUGCCAUAUCCACGCCCAGGGACUUGUCCCAGCAAGACAUUUGGAGGAUUUUAUUCAACCAAGGAUCUUCCGGAUGAUGUCAUAACUUUUGCAAGAAGUCACCCAGCCAUGUACAACCCUGUUCAUCCAAUAAACAACCGGCCAAUUAUCAUUAAGACCGAUGUUGACUACCAAUUAACUCAGAUAGUUGUGGACAGAGUGGAUGCAGAAGAUGGACAGUAUGAUGUCAUGUUCAUUGGAACAGAUGUUGGCACAGUUCUGAAAGUUGUAUCAAUUCCUAAGGAGACCUGGCAUGACUUGGAGGAAGUGCUACUGGAGGAAGUGACUGUUUUCAGAGAACCUACUGCCAUUACAGCAAUGGACAUCUCAACAAAACAGCAACAGCUCUAUCUUGGCUCAGCCAUUGGAGUUUCACAGAUGCCCUUGCACCGCUGUGAUGUCUAUGGGAAGGCGUGCGCAGAGUGUUGCUUAGCAAGAGACCCCUACUGUGCCUGGGAUGGUACUGAAUGUUCCCGAUACUUCCCCACUGCAAAGAGGCGAACGCGACGACAAGACAUCAGAAAUGGGGACCCUCUCACACAGUGUUCAGAUUUACAACAUCAUGAUGACUUAAAUGGCCAAGGGACACUGGAAGAUAAGAUUAUUUAUGGAGUGGAAAACAGCAGCACUUUCUUGGAGUGCAGUCCCAGAUCUCAGCGUUCUCUGGUCUACUGGCAAUUUCAGAAACAGAAUGAGGAUCAGAAAAAUGAGAUAAAAACAGAGGAAAGAUUCAUAAGAACAGAACAAGGCCUUCUCAUUCGCAGCCUUCAGAAAAAAGAUUCCGGAAUCUACUACUGUCAUGCUGUAGAGCAUGGAUUCAUUCAGAUUUUGGUCAAGGUCACGCUGGAGGUAAUUGACACAGAACACCUGGAAGAGCUGCUUCAUAAAGACGAAGAGGGUGAAAGCGUGAAGCCAAAGGAGGGCCAUGGAAUUGUCCCACCUAACCAGAAGGUCUGGUACAGAGACUUCAUGUCCCUUAUCAACCAUCCCAACCUGAACACCAUGGAUGAAUUUUGUGAGCAGGUGUGGAAAAGGGAACGGAAGCAACGCAGACAGAAAGCUGCCAAUACCCAAGCACACACCAACAAAUGGAAACACCUUCAAGAAAACAAGAAGGGCAGAAACAGGAGGACCCAUGAAGUCGACAGGGCCCCAAGGAGUGUCUGAUAUAAUAGUCACAUUUUAAAGACUUCAUCCAAGUAGACUUUUAAAGAAACUCAACUGGAAAUGAAUGCAAUAUAAUCUAAGUCAUUGCAUUGGUGAAGAUGUUUACAAUGAUUCAAUGGAAAGGACUGACAAUACCACCAUGCGUUCAUACUGUAUGUGAACCUUUUGACUGGUCUCCAUAACAAAAUGAUGGAAACCAAUAAUUGGACUAGACUUUCUGUAAAUAUUCAACAGCAAGAUCUAUAUUUGACAUAACUUUUUUUUUUGGUUUUUAUUCAUUUGAUAGUUCAGCUGUUAGAGAAAUGAUUGCCAUUUUCAAGACAUGAGUAAAACUUAAAACUAACACCAUUUAAAAUGGAUGGUAACUAACUAUAUUUUGAAUCUGAAAAGAAUGACCCGAGUGUAAGAGAAACUUCAUCAAAGUGUUUUGGAUCACAUAUGUAAAAUCUCUGCAUGUCUCAUUUGAAACGUCAACACAAAGCUCUUUUGAAGUACUGAAAAUGUUUGUGGAAACCCUCAUCGAGAUAGUUUUAAAAUUCUGGCUUGUUCUCAGGUGGAUCAAGACUUAAAAUACUGGUCUACAUAUAAAUUAAAUUAGCAUACGCAAAAAACAAUAUUUUUAUUUCUGAUUGAAAUGAAAAACUUUUUUUGUUAAGAGCACUAUAUUUAAAUUAACUUUCAUAGCUGAUGAUUUUAAGAUCUGUGCAGAGUUGUUUUUUUCAUAAAGCAAUAGUUCGAUGACGUCCGACACAUUAUGAGUUAGUCUUUUUUAAUAAUUCAAUUAAAUAAGCUCUUCCGAUUCUGAUAAAUAUUAAGCUUGUUGCAAAAGGAAUGUUUUAUUUUUUAAUUCAACAGAGUUCUAUCUUAAAAGUGUUUAACAUAACAUAGUUUAAUUUGUAUUCUAAUGUCUAUCAGUUUUCCCACAAAUACUACUGUAUCCCAAAGGGGACAAACUUUUACAUUCUCUUACUUUUAUUUUCAUUUUGUUACUCUUAUUUGAAGAUGUUUUCUAACUUAUUUUGGAUAAUAUUUUAAAAUCUGUUGUGAGCUUUAUAAAGUGAGACUUUAACAGGCCUUCACCAUGGACAAGUGGGUACAAUUUAACCCCAAAACAUAUACAUCCAUUUGUCUUUGAAAACCAUACUGUGUGCAUAUAUUGAACCAAACUAUAUCUGUACUUUUUUAAAACCUGUAUAUGUACUAGGAUUGAAUGUGAUGAUUUAUUAUGGUCUGAAUGAAUCAUUUAUGAACAGCUACAUUACUAAACUCAAAUACAUAAGUGUCAGGGACACGGACCAACAAAUACAUUUUUAAUUCAUAUUAUUUUUGUAUAAAAUAUAAAUAGUGAAAGUAAUUUGUUCAAUAAUAUAUAUUUUAACUUACACAAGACACAAUUAUAGUGUGGCAAUGGUUGUGCUUUCUGUAAAGAAACCACUUUACUUUGCUGUUCCUGUGGAUGGAUUUCUGUGACGCACAAGGCUCCUUUCCCCUAUGUUUAAAUUUGAUUGAAUAGCUGAAAAGGAAUCAGGAAACUGAGCUGCAUAUAAAUGUUAAUAGUUUGAGUUCUCUUCAGUUCUACACUACUAAUGGGAUUUUUGGUAAUGCAUAUCCCAAAUAUACAGUAAUAGAGCUUUUCGUAAGGGGGGCAAAAUACUGGGCCAUCAGUUCAAAAUUGUUGUGUUAUGCAGGGGGAAGUGCAGAGUAUUCUUUCAGUAUGACAAAUCUGCAAUACAGAUUCUGUUUUUGAAAGAAAAUAUAACAGGGGACUGAAACACAAGCUUUGCAAGAAAUUGUACAAGUAUACUUUCACAAGGAAAAUUGAGAAAAAAUAUUUCCAAUAUAGUGUUGUGUGCAGUUGGUGUUGCUAACAGAAUGCCUGAUAAAUAGCAUAAAUAUUAUUUAUUAUGUAAAUUAAUUCUUAUACAUAUGCAACAUAAACAUGAAGGGUACAUUUAAAUACAAAACCCAGCUCUUUAAUAAGAUAGAUAAAAUUAAGGAGAGUUUUUUUGUUAAUACAUUAUUAUUAUUAUUAUUUAAUCAAACACAUAUUGCAUUGCAGUCAAUAAUGGGACCACAAUGAUCACAUAUAACACAUAAGCAUAGUGAUCAUUCAGAACUUGGCACAUAAACCAGAUGUUGUUUUAAAACAGUUUUUUAAGUCUUUUACAUUUUUGUUUAAUACGGUAAGUAUAUAACCUAUGAUAAAUAAACAUUUUCCUCAA